AUGGACAGCGCGGAGGCAGCAGCGUUAUCUGCAGGCAGCGGCAGUGACGGUGCCCCGGGGUCUUACUACGAUGCGCGCUGGCUUAACGUUCAUGCUGACGACGGUACUUUAGCAGCUAGAGCCCGUCGCCUAAUGCUUACACCGAGCAGACACUUCGAUCACAUCGCAGUCAAUACCAGCUACAGCGCUGUACUCAUGCCACCGUACAUCAGCACUGAAGAUGGUGAAGUACAAAACCAAAUCGCGUGGUCGGAACACUUGGACCCACUGUUCGUAAACAACUACGAGAUAGACCCCACGCUAUCAUGGCAAUACUACGCGUCCUCUUCGGGCUUUAUGAGACGAUAUCCAGCUAUGUCCUGGCCUCCAGAAGACGGCUACUCACACCACGCUCGAGACUUUUACGACUUCAGGUCUUCAAACUGGUUCGUAGAGGCGGCAACCUCUCCAAAAGACUUGGUUAUACUUCUUGAUGACUCUGACGACUUGAGCUCGUCGUACUGGAGGCUGGCGAAGUCCACCGUGUUUGCGCUACUCGACACCCUUGGACCUAAUGACUUCGUCAACAUCUACCGUUACAGCGACACGGUGUCAGAGCUUCAUACAUGUUAUACGAAGGUUUUGGCUCAGGCAAUUCCUGAAACGAUAAGGGAGCUGAAGACUACGUUAUGGAAUGCUGAAUUAUCUGGUGGAGUGGCAAACCUUACCGGAGCUUUAACAACGGCUUUUGAGAUUCUACAUCGGUAUAAUCGAACGGGUCAAGGCUGUCAAUGUAACCAGGCGAUCGCUGUGAUCGGAGCGGGGGGUGGUGCAACCGGAGUUAAGGGAGUCUUCAGGACAUGGAACUGGCCCCACAUGCCUGUGCGCAUAUUUACCUAUCGUGUCGGAGGAGACUCCACUACGGGUCACAAUAUGAAGGAUAUGGCGUGCACCAACAAAGGUUUUUACGUAACAGUCAACGAGCACUCGGAAAUCAAAUCAAAGGUGCUGCACUUCGUGGAGGUGUUAGCACGUCCGCUCGUUAUGUAUCAGACUGUCCACCCGGUGCAUUGGAGUCCAGUCUACGUUGGCGGAAGGAGUAGCAGCUUGGCCGAUGAUGGCAUGGGUCAACUGAUGUCUUCUGUCACCGUCCCUAUUUUCGAUAGGAGAAAUCACACGCAAAGAGAAGCGAAUUUGCUAGGUGUGGUUGGAACAGAUGUUCCCGUCGAUCAACUAAAGAAACUCGUGUCACCGUAUAAGUUGGGUGUAAACGGCUAUUCGUUCAUGGUGGACAACAACGGGCAUGUCUUGUAUCACCCAGACUUGAGGCCACUGUAUACAGAAACCUUGCGGCCGCUAUACUCAAGCGUUGAUCUUACUGAUUUGGAGAUGUUGGUUGAUUCUGACGAGAACUCCCGAGUCAAUCUCACGUCGUUACUUCUCGAUCUACGCCAUGAUAUGAUAGAGCAGCGUGAGGGUGAAACGGAGAUCGCGGUUAAAGUCCAGUACGACAACAUGAGAAGAGUUGCGACGAGAAGACAACGCUACUUCUACAGUCCUGUCGAUGGAACUCCUUUCUCUUUGGCGGCGGUGUUGCCAGACGGAUACGGCAUGUACGAGCUGCUGGCGGAGCAAGAGGUCAAACAUAGCUCGGUCAAUGUCACGGAGUUCUUUAAAGGCGACAAUUGGAAAGUUCACCCAGAUUGGGUAUAUUGCGAGUACGCCUCCACAUCAGAGCAAACCUUCAACUCACCUGAAGAACAAUUGCUACAUUUCCUGUCACGCGCUGGUCGGCCUGGCUGGAAGUGGAUGUCACUACGACCCCGCGCGCUCACGCUUCACAACGCGCACAAGAAACAAGACAGGGAUUCUUAUUAUUGUGACAAAACUUUAGUACAGUCAUUGAUUAGGGAUGCAAUGGUAAUAAAAGAAUUGGACGCCCACAUAGGACAUGCAAGCCAUCACGCACAACAAGGUCGUUUUCACAAGUUCGUGGUCACGAUGUCCUUCAUUGCAACACGAAGUGGUCUUCUAAAAUGGACUGAAAAUAUGAACACAUCCAGAACUGCUGAUUCUUCUGAACCUCACUUUAGUGAAAAAUAUGCUCGUGCGUUCGACUCGGAAUGGUAUCGUCGCGCUGUGGAACACCAUGCCAUAGAGCCCGAGAGUUUUGUAUUCUCGGUGCCUUUUCGGGAUGGAUCAGAGGCUGAAGACUUAAGUGGUCGUCCGCCCCUUGUGCUGGCCACUCAUGCCGUGUUCGUCGAGUCGAGGGGUCACAGGGCUCCUGCCGCCGUUGUUGGACUGUACUUUCAGCUGGAGUCGCUUACGAGGCAUUUCCUAAAUGUCACUUCUGCGUGUACAGUCGGUACAGUGUGCAAGAAGACAUGCGCAGGCGAUGAAUUAGACUGUUACAUCCUGGACGACAAUGGUUUCAUAAUCCUCUCAGAGGAUGUGUCCCAAACUGGCAGAUUCUUCGGACAAGUGGACGGUACUAUAAUGGACUCCCUCGUGCAAGACAGAAUAUAUAAAAAAGUAGUUGUGCAUGAUCAUCAAGGGAGGUGUCCAGACUCAAGAAAUCCUUUCAGUGGAGAUGGAAAUAAACUUACGCCCCUGAAGCCACUUUCCUGGCUCGGUGGAUACCUGACGAGCUUACUUGCUAUGUGGUUCCCAUUAUGGGAGCCUGUGGUGGCUCGUGCGAGGUCCUACGCUGAAGAGGAAGUUGAUUACGAAGACUAUGAAAGCGAAGAUAUGGAAAACGAUGACGAUUUAGAUCGAGAUAGGGGCACCUACGAAAUCAUCAUUGACGGGUUAGGAGAAACUUCCCGAGAUGGAGGGCGUAAUCACGCGGGGCCUUCACCUCCACCAGGAGGUGGUGCUCCUCCUCCCCCGCCUCGUGAAGCAGCGCGUUCAGCGGCUGUACGCCCAUGCGAUACCAGCGCUGAACUCUUCACGUUGCAGUCCUCCCGACUAAACACUGCACAACCUCUCAAGGGCAAGCUGACAAACUGCCACAAUUCAGGCUGCGAAAGGCCGUUCAGUGUGCAGAAGAUUCCACAUAGUAACUUGAUCUUGCUUGUGGUGGACACACUGUGCCCCUGUGGAGCCAAGCGCCUGGAUGUGCGGCCGCGGGAAGCAAGUGCUCGAACCUCGUGCCGCCGUGCGCCCCGACAUCAUCGCCGCCGACCUUCACACUGCGGCUCAUACCAUCCUGAGGAAAUUGAGAUACUUUCAUGCGGACGCGGAGGACGCAUGUUCCCCGCACUGAUGUCAGUGGUAGCACCGCUCCUACUACGGCUGGUGCUCAGCACGUGA